UAAAACUAAAUUGGAACACUGUGCAUAUGAUUGCCGGGCUAACUGACUGACUGACUGACUCGUUGUUACACUGGCUACACACUCACACACACACCACACUCAGUAUUUGCUGCUCGUAUGUGUCGGAAUGAUGCAUUUGUAUACUCAUGUGCGCAUGACCAAGCGUAUGCAAGUGUGUUUGUGUGGGUUUUCACACAAGUUUCAGCUGUUGUAGCUGCUUUCGGGCGAUGUUAUCUAGCUGCGCUGUGCUGCGCGCUUAUCAGCGUUUUAUCAGUUUUUCAUACCCUCCUUUUUGUUUCUGCCAUGCUAUGCCACAUUUGAGUGCAACUUUACUCAGCUCGUAACUGAAAUCAAACAACACAACAACAACAAAACCAAAAACAAAUCAAAUAAAGCAUACUGCAAAUAAAUGAGUAAACUACGGCAAACCAAUGGGAGUAAGCGUCGGCUGAAAGCGUGUGUGUGCGCGCGCGAGCGUAUCAGUGAACAGGCAUACAGGCAAGUGGAGCAAGCGGAUGGACGACAAGCGGUGGUGGGCGGGAUUCAAUGCUGAUUACUUGGCCGCCACACGAACACCGAACUGAUAGCAGUAAUAUUACGCUAAACAAGCGCAACGCUUACGGAGCAGCGCUUACAAAGGAAUUGCAGAGCAAACACCGCAAGCUAACAAGCAUGCUUGCCAGCUGGCCAGCAAACAAACAAGCAAAGUAAGCGGCGAACAGAAUAAGUUAGCAACACGAACGCGCGGUUUCUGUGUGGCAAAAGCGAAGGCGGAGCGCCUUUGAUAAGCAGGAAGUUUAUGGAUAACGGGGUUGCUGACUACAGCAAACAACAAUGAAGUGCAGGAGAAAUUAUACUCUCUCUCUGCAGCCAUAAUUUCACUUUACACAAAGCGCUCAAACGCCAUAUCCUGCGCCGCGGCUGAGUUUCCUCCGUUGCUGCAGCGAGAUUUCAACCCUUUUGGGAGCUGGCCAACAGCGCGCCCCAUUUAGCUAUCAGCUGUGCUGUGCUGUAAGAUAACAACAAAUACGAACAACGCUCACUCAAACACUUGCCGUCACUCAGCGCAACAAAGAGCGCGUUCGGUGCGCUCAUUUCCGCCGCUCCGCAAACGACUGCCGCCGCGCUGUGUGUGUGCGCGCGCUCGAGCAUGAUUUCAUUGUGGCCGUUUCAGUUGGGCAUAGAACGUGAAACGAGCAACAUAACGUGCUGCAGUCGGCGCCAAAAUAUUUCAAUACGAUACGUCGUGAAUCGUGAUUUUUUUUCGCAAAUCGCGCGUUUGGUUUUCGUGGUUUGUGAAGCGCCUUCCAAUUGUGCGUUAGUGUUGGUGUUAACUUGGCCUAAAUCGCAAAGUGUUGUGGCUCGAAAAGCGCGCGUAAAAUUCAACAUUUUCGUAAAAUGCGCUAAUUAAAUCUCGAGCAGAUAAACAGACGAAAUGCAAGCAAAUGGCGUACAACAACAAGUGUAUGUUGAUGCGAAUGCUGUGAUAAAAACAAGUGAAUAACACACGUACGCGUUGGUUUACAGUACAUACAUAUCUGUAUAUGUCUAAGCCAAGUUUGUUUCAUUGCGAAGCAGCUGAGCAAAGCAGAAACGCUCAAAAACAAGUGAAGUGACGAAAAAUCAAAACAAAUAAAUUCGAUCAAAAUUUAAGUGAAUUCAAAUAGACGCUAAAUAUUCACAUUUUGAUGCUUUAAGUGCGAAAAUAAGUGCAGAAAUUGUUUUUUGAAAUUUUUCAUCAGCAAUAUUUUGCUUAUUGCCACUGAACGGCAGCGCAUGUGAAAGUGUUAAGCGUGAGUUACAGUAUUUCCUAUCGCCAAGUGCAUUUCAACGGCAUUACUCAACUUUUGGAGUGAAUAAAAAAUCCCAAUCCAACAAAAAACGAAAAACAAAAAAUAAAAUAAACGCCAUUCCGUCACUCCGCAAUCCACAAGCCGUGCGUGCAUUGUUUUCAUACAAAUACACAUAUACAUUCAUACAAACUUUGAUAUCGGUGUUGAGUUAUAAAAUAUGCAGCGAUAAAAAUCGUCAACAUUCAACAUUGUUGCUUUGCUGCUGUUGUCGUGUAUUUAUUUGUUGUUGUUUUUUUUGUUGUGCUUCUCGUAUAUUUACUUGUGAUAAAAUCUGCGUGUUUCCUUUUCCACUGUAUUGGUGUUGCUGUUGUGCAUGUGACUGACUGCUGUUACUCACACACACAUAGUAACCGUAUUAACCAGCAUUUUGUUGGGGGUGCACGCCCCACUCGCUUCUCUCACCAAGUGUUCAUUAUCGUGCGUUUUGUUAUCUCACGCUAGUGUUAGUGAGCGUCAUAUAAGUGUAGUGAAGUGAAGAGAGAGAGUGAGUGAGUGAGUAAGUGAGUGAGCUGUUAUAAAGGGCGCCUUUUGAGCAUGUAGUCACACAGCUGGUGCACAGUGUUGGUUAACGGAUUGUAGAAAUAAUUAUGUUUGGUGAUUGUUCUGAAACAACAGACGAGAUGACAGCCGAUAGCAGAGAUUCCAAAGAUCUGAGUCCAGCAGACUUAACAGAUGAUCAACAUCACUUAGAACGUGAAGAUCAUCGGCUUGAAGAGACUGAUAUAGAAAUGGAAGACGAUACUGACACAAGAGAAGGCGACAAUCGAAUACUCGCUAUAAAUCCACAUCGAAUAUCGCCGCAUAGAAGGGAUGAAAACACAAUGAGUCGUCCGCCGAGCGUGGCAACAUCGAAUGGUUCAAAUUCCAUAGACGCAUUUCACAACGCCAAUGAGUCCAUUGAACACAAAAUCGUUUUAAAUAUAGAACGUGAAAAACUGAAAGAUCAAAAUGAAAUAAGUAUCGAAUCAAAUUCAAUGAAUUCAAACGACAAACGUGCGGCCAGCAGCAGCCCACACAAGGAUGUACUGGCAGGCAAUGAGACACCGCCGAUGUCCUCACCCACCAGCGUAUUGCCAAAGUUGCGCUUGAAUGUGCUUUUGGCUUCCGAUCCGGCCUUGAAGCCGGAUGCCAAAGACCUAAAGGUCUUACAUGAAGAAACACAAACGAAAAAUCGACUCGCACAAUUGCCACCGCCACCGGCGCUUACCAAGCAGGAAGAUAUGGACAUUUUGAUGAGUGCGCCGGUUGUUAAUGUCGUAGAACCGGCGGUGAAAACCGCAUUAGUAGCGGCCUCAUCAUCACCAGCUGCCGCCGCGGAAAUGCCACCACGUCUAAAGUUGUUCUUGUGCUUGCCCUGUGGCAUACAAUUUAGUUCACCAUCCACAUUGGAAGCGCAUCAGUCCUACUAUUGCUCGCAUCGCAAUAAGGAUAUGGAGACUGAUGGUGCUACGUUAUCCACAGUAAUGGCGGAGAAAACUGGCGCAUUGAAUGCUAACGCGUCCAACGUGUCAAGUGGCAACAUCAAUCUCGGCGCCGGCAACAGCGGUGGCGAAAAUGUCGCCAAAGCCAUCAAGACGGGAAAACAAUAUGCGUGCACACAAUGCUCCUACAGCGCAGACAAGAAGGUCUCACUCAAUCGGCACAUGCGCAUGCAUCAAACAUCGCCGGCGCACAGCAGUAGCGCGCCGCCGUCAAACGGUGCGGUCGCAUUGGAUGAGGGUGGUACUAGUCAACAAACGGACCGUUACUGCAGCGAUUGUGAUAUUCGAUUCAAUAAUGUAAAGACGUAUCGCGCGCACAAAAUGCAUUACUGCAGUUCACGCCGUAAUGAUGGACAACUAACACCCAAGCUGGAGGGAAGCACCGCUAAUGUUAUUAAACCGCCAGUAGGAGCGGCUGCCAUCAGUCCUCAAACGCGCACCAAAACACCGACGCCAGCUAUGGUGGCUGCUGCCGCUGCGGCAGCUGCAGCCGCAGCCGCGUCCUUGCAAGCUUCACAGCCACAGCCAUUUCUGGCCUUACCCACCAAUCCAAUAUUGAUAAUACCCUGUUCUUUAAUACGGGCCGCCAGCUGGAUACCGGGACCACUCUCUUCAGCAACGGCGUCCAUUUCAAACCCUGAUACCACCUGCUAUAUGUUGGAUAAUGGUAAUUUGAAGCCAUUAGCCACGGCUUUGAAUAUGAGCGCAUUGAAUCCUAAUGUUACCGCAAAUAAUAACCCUGUCGGAGCAGCUGCAAGCUCAAAUAAUUUACAAAUCCCUACUGUCGAAACUCCACCGGCUCGUCAACCUUCGCAACCCAACAACAGCGAGACGCUUGCCUUGGAGAAAAAUACUGGACGUAGUGGUGAUCGGAGUGAGACCUCAACACCAAAACGAAAAGAUGGUGCGCGCGAAUCUGCACCAUUGGACCUCUCACUACGUCGUUCACCUACCUCUUAUGUCAGCCUGCAACGACAACGUGUUCACUCGACCUCCUCCUAUGCAGAUGUCGAUCAACAACGCAUGGAUAUGGAAACAUUACUGGAGGCAAGUAAAGAGAAUUUGGCAAUGGAUGAAAGUGGCACAGUGACACCGGAACAAAUCGUUUGCGCGCCCUCACUACCAAACAGUCCCUCGAUGAGCCCAUCGCCAAAACGACGUGCAAUAAGUCCACGAAGCUCUGGUGCCGGCAGCACGUCGUCAAUGUCACCUCCGGUAAAUGUACCGACUGCCUCACUGGUAGCAGCUGCCGCCGCCAGCAAUAUGCUUGACCUACCACUGCGUUCAAUGUUACCCGCCGAUCUGGCGCUGAAACUCUCCGAAAGCAAUAUUAUGAAUCCACUACUGGCCAAACAAAACUUUGAGCUGGCGUUAAAGCUCUCGGCUGCCGCUGCAGCUGCUGUAAACAAUAGUACACCAACAAAUAUAGGCAAUGGUUCGACACAUGCUGAGUUGGCCGCAGCGGCGGUUGCCGCCGCCACCGCGAAGUCCUCGCUACUCGGUAUGCCCGGUUUGAGUAACACAGCGUCGGUUGGUAGCAGUGGUAAUGUGGGUGGCGGAUCCAACGCGGCUGUUCAACCACAAAUUUAUGUCAAACAAGGUGUCUCCAAAUGCAAAGAGUGCAACAUUGUAUUUUGCAAGUAUGAAAAUUAUCUGGCACACAAGCAACACUACUGUUCGGCGCGCAAUCAGGAGGUUGCUGAAGGUGAAGCGAAAGUGACCAACACGUCACCACUUGGAGUCGGUGCCGCAGCGAGUGUUGAAACGACUCCAGUCGCCUAUCAGCAACUAAUUUGUGCUGCCUGUGGCAUCAAAUACACAUCACUGGACAAUUUGCGUGCUCAUCAAAAUUACUAUUGUCCAAAGGGAGGCGGCACGGCCGGCGCAGCUGCAUCAACGGCAACCGAAACUGCCCAGUUGCCGUUGACUAAGGAUAAAUGUGGCAAAUGCAAGACAAUCCAUGAAAUCGGUUUACCCUGCCCACCGCCGCCCGCACUCCAGCAAUCCCAGAGCAGUGCCCAGCACAUCGCUGCGUCAUCGACACUUUCGACACCCAAUCAAAACAUCUAUAAAUGCCCCGUUUGCGAUGUGGUUAGUCUGACGGCCACCGAGAGUCGGAAGCACAUGGAAACUCAUGGCACCGUUAAGGCAUUCCGUUGCAGCAUCUGCCGUUAUAAGGGCAACACUUUACGUGGAAUGCGCACUCACAUCCGCAUGCAUUUCGACAAGAAAGCAACCGAUCUCAAUGAGGAACACUACAUGUCCUGCAUACUGGAAGAUGAGGGUCUGGAAAUUCCUAGCAUAGCUUCUACACUGAAUCAAGAACAAUUGGCACAGCAAAUAGCCGCGGUACAACAACAGCAACACCAGUUACAACUACAAGCUCAGCAACAACAACAGCAGCAGCAGCAGCAACAACAAAUAUUCAAUUGCGAUCUAUGUAAUUACUCCUCUUCCUAUAAAGGCAAUGUGCUGCGUCACAUGAAACUGGUGCACCCUCACAUCAACAUCCAUUCACCAUCAAUUUCACCUGAAGCCAAUGACCUGGAUGCUGCCGAUGGGACUGGCUUAAAUGGCGAGAGUGGCACCUUCACCAUAAAAAGCGAACCACUCGAUCAAGUGCCUAAUACCAAUCUAACGACUUCGGCACAACUAAUGGACAAUAACAACACAACCAUUUUGGCAGCCACCCUGACAGCACCACCACCGCUGAACAGUCUCGGCGCCGAGCAAAUGCCACAUAUUAAAACGGAACCGUUGGAAAUCGGAGGCGACAGCUUACCAGCAACCACAUCACGACCAGCGCUCAGCUCACCCGCUAUUGGACCACCACCGCCGCUCAAUGCUGCCAGCGACGAGAAUGCCGGCGUAGCGGCAAAUCAGAAAUAUUGUCAAACUUGUGACAUAUCCUUCAACUACAUGAAGACCUAUGUGGCACACAAGCAGUACUAUUGCAAAAACAAAUUACGGAGGCCGGAUGCCAGUGAGAGUCCCAGUCCCAAUGCUGGUCACAUGCCAAUGGCCGUAGCAUCGCCUAAUUCGUUGCUACUCUUGCAGAAGAACAAAGAGAAUCUGCAGCAGGAAGCCGCCAUUUGAUAGAAUGAAAUGUGGCAGGCACGCAAGCACUGGGAGUGGUACUACAAAUGCUUUUAAAGCGCAGUGGGCGAGCAAGAUGUGAUGUGAAGCGGUUCCACGAUAUGGAAACAGUUAUGCACAAAACGUACAGUAUUCGAUUCGGAAUCUCUGUAGAUGAAACAUUUUGAAAAUAUUAUGUAUAUGUAUUCGGAAAUAUGUAGCGUGUAGAAAACAAAAAGCUUAAAAGCUCUUUUCAUUGUGUAAUAAUAAAAAUAAAAUUCAAUAAAAUAGUUAUAAAUAUUUUCCAAACUUUAUCGAUUUAAUCACGACUUAUUAUGUAUGCCAAAGUUUAUUAUUAAUGCUACGAUAAUAAUUGAAAAUAAAAAAUAAAAAUAAAUAA